AUGGUACCAUUAUUGUUAUCCAAUUACAUACAUUCCUCGCUCAGUAUUGACCAGGCAACCUAUGCAAAUCCACCCAGGAAGCCCCGGUUUACGCGGCAUGGCCGUGUUCCAGCCUCUUUCGUGCUCGUCGUCCACCAUGACCUCAUGCCCAGUCCACAGACUGACUCGGCAUUCCAUCUCGCUUUGGAGAUCCCAGAUCUGGUCCACUAUGUACUGUAUGGUGGCGCCCUCGGACCCGAGGGCGUUCUGGAUGCCGCUCGGCUCAUUACCCGGAGCACCUUUUAG